UAUAUUUUGACGAGGACGGCCAUAUUUAUUUCGGUUUUAAAAUGGCUGCCGCUGACGAAUCGCCCUUACAUGAACUAUUUCGUGAGCUAAAUGCGGAACUGACAAGCCAUUCAGACAUUAGAAAAGUCAGGAAUCUUCUCCACCGGGGACCUAGGACUGAAGAUGAUCCGGUAUUUAAAUCGGCAGAAGAAGUGUUUUUAAAUAUUGAAAAACAGGGCAGAGUUAGUAUGCGAAGUGUUGACUUGGUGUUGGAUUUGUUCCGAUGUAUGAAACGCGAAGAACUGAAAGACAAAGUUUUGGCAUUCGCGGAAAAAUACAACAUUCCGGUUCGGGAAAAGCACAAGAGAAAAAGGGUUGAGAGUCCAGACGAGGAUACAUCAGAUGAUGAAAAUGAUGCUCCUAAAAGAGUUUAUGUUGGUGAGCCAGUUCAUUUACGAUUGGUCUGCGAAUCAGAGAUCUGGUCACCUGAGAAGAAGCGACAGUUCAUUGAACUUGAACACAAGAAAAUUGAGAUGCUUAUGAAAGCGGCCGAGCGGAUCUAUCUCAUUGAUUUGGAUGAGAUUACGAAAAUAGAAAAAGGUGGUCAUACCAAGCUGCAGCUGAUGGGGGAAGCGUUUGAGUCCUUCCGCGAAACCCUGGAAGGAAUCAAUGUAGAGGAUUCUCCAAUGACUCGUCGUUGGUACUUAUGUGGUGAAAAUGAUAGCAAAGUGCCCCUGGAGAGUAGCGAUGUUGAGAGAUUACUUACGAAAUUGCGUGUCAACGACACAAUAACAACUUCAACAAGUGACGAUGGCAUGGCACUGCGUAUCUCUGCUAUGGUGAAUUCGUCCUAUCUUGAACCACUUGAGAGGUCUUCCAAGGGACUCUUCAGGUUACCAUGGAAUCAGACAAAAGAACCAGAUGAGUGAACGAUGUUUGAUGUUAUGAAUUGUUUCUACUGCUAAAUAUAUAUCAAUGGUUUUGGUGCUUGGUCUGACUAUAUUAAUUAAAAAAG